UGCGGCAGUCAUGUGAUGACAACAUUACAGAGCCCUCGCUCUUGUCUCUUGAUACUUUUUGGUGGGUUUGUAAAUUAAAUAUAUUCUUAUUGAAGCCGAUAAUCAAAAUAAGCAAGAUGGACAGUGCAGCGUUAGGAUCACCGCCUCCAGUUUAUCAUGAAAUUUCACCAGUAAUGUUAUGGAUGCGGAGGAUAUUUUCAGCUGUCACGAUUAUCAUGGUGGCGCUUGCCAUGUUAUUCUGUUUGAUACAAGGGAAAGUAGACGGUACCUUUUAUCUUCUCUUUGUGAAUCUAGUCAUCAGCUGUGUAAUCAUAUCCUUUCUGCUUUGGUGGUACAGAACUGGAGAUUUGAGUGCGGAUAGAUUCUGGUUCAUCAUCCUCGUCGCGAGCGUCAUCAUCUUCCAGUGCAUCACGACCGACAUCUUCGUCUUCAACCACGAGAAGACCAUCGCCCCCGUCACCACCACCGCCCAGCCGACGCCCUACACGAUAGGCCCGCCCAACAUGACCACACACCACACCACUACCAAACCCUCCUUCCAGAAUAACAUGGAUGGUAUGUUUAUACAAGGAGCAGCUCCUCCCUAGGGGUAAUGAAUGCCCCCCUCCUCUUCCCUCCCCGGCCCCCUACUUCCACCACCAUAAAGCCUUGUUCAUGCUGUAAUACAGUGUGGGUCAGAAAAGAUGGUGCACUUUUUAAUUGAUUAUGAUUUUAAUAUCAUGGGUUUGAUUCAUUUUCUAUCAUGCAUUGAUAGAAUGAGCGAUCCUUUGUUGGUUUUGAAACUUUCCCUUUUUUUCAUUGUUGAAAUUUGAUAUAAUUGAAUUUCAUUUUUGCUAUCCAUAAUGCAGAUUGGGAGUCAUUUUUGCAUUGAAAAAUAAAUGAGGCAAUACAAAUAUUUUUCGUGCAAAUACAUGAUUGGUAACUUUUUUUUCAGCUGAUGGCCCUCAAAUAUGGUAUAAAAUAAAUUGGAAAUCUUUUUUUCUAACUGUGGUUCAAGAAUGGAUAUUUAUAAUUGUAACAUGUAUUGAAAUGUGUAGCUUUUAAUUUUUUCUUCUCAAGUGCCCAUGUACAGUGUAGAGGUUACUUCAAACCAGGCAAUUUUUUUUUAGAGGGCUACUAGUCCUUUCACAUCUUACUACCUAACUCUGCAACAUUGGAUAAGCUUUAACAUUGCAAUGAAUAAAGAUUUUCCUUUUGGAGUUUCCAGUGCUCUUAAGAGCAUUUCAGGGUAAUAUUACCUUGAGCCUGUGUAUUAUUUCCCUGCUUCAAAUUGAGAAAUGAUUGGUGCUUUAUGAAAAAUAUACCUUGUCAUUUAUGUUGCAAGUCUCCCCUACUAAUAUUAGGAGGUUGGCAUGAUAAUAAUAAUAAUAAUAUACAGUUCUUGUAUAGCGCAUAUCACAAUUAUGAAUAAUGUCUCUAUGCGCUUCCAAAGGACUUGGAUACUAUUACCCAGCUGUAGCUUGGCAGCCAUAAUUACUAUUAAGAUUACAGCGCACACGCAUUUCAAGGAAUAAAUUCCUGCCAGGUACCCAUUCACCUCACCUGGGUUGAGUGCAGCACAAUGUGGAUGAAUUUCUUGCCGAAGGAAAUUAUGCCAUGGCAUGGAUUCGAACCCACGACCCUCUGUUUCAAAGUCCAGAGACUAAUCCACUGGGCCACAAUGCUCCACAAACUGAAGCAAGAUCUCAAAAUUUUCUGAGUACAUGGGUAUUGCUAUGCAAGUAGUGCACAGGUGAGAGUACAGGUAUGUUAGUGAAGGAGUGCUUUUGAAGGUAUUUUCAAUACUAUAGAACUCCUAUUAUUUUUUUCUUUAAUUUUAUUGUGAAAAUAGCUUAUGCUUCCUUGAGGUUGUGUAUUUUAAAGUUGGCAAACAUGAAGCUUCCCCCCCCCCCUUGGUUAUUUGAGACUAGCAGGGUGGGGCAGUCUGGAAUGCUAGUUUCCUGACUUUUCUUAAAAUGUAUAAUUUUUUUUAAACAUGGUGCAUAACGUGGUCUUUAAUGUGUCCAUCGCACCCACUAAAGUAUCCAUGCGGAAAGAGUCAUAAAGAUGUAAUUUUGUUGAUGUGCAAUAUAUGUCAGAAAAAUGUUUGUGCAUUUAAUUGGCUUCAGCAAUUUCUUUUUAUUCAGUAAAUGAUUGGUUAUGAAAUCAUGGAGAUGUUUCACUAAGAGAUCAGUGUGACUUCUGGGCCCCGUCUUACAAAGAGUUACGAUUGAUUCAAUUAAUCUUGACUCUAUGGAAAUCCAUCAUUGUCAUAAUUUUUUCUACAGGAAAUUUACAAAAUGUCCUUUGUAAACAAAGGAGAACACACCAAAUUGUCAAGAAAUCAAUGAAUUUAUGGAUAUACAUUCAUAUCUAUUUUUUUUUACCAAACAUGCAUUUAAGAUGUUGACUUUGCUGGCUUUCCAUAGUUGCGAUUGAUCAGAUCAAUCGCAACUCUGUGUAAGAUGGGCCCCUGGGGUGUUACAAAAAAUAAUUAUUUGCAAUCAAUAUCAAAUUUCAGUUUGCAAGUUUACAAGUAACAGAGAGUUGUGAUUGAUCCGAUCAAUCACAAAUAUGGAAAGCCAGCAAAUUCAACAUAUAAAAUAAAUGUUUGUUAAAAAAAUUUCUAGGUAUGAAUGUAUAUCCAUAAUUUCUUGACAUUAUGGUGUGUUCUCAUUUGUUUACAAAGGACAUUUUGUAAAUUUCGUGUAGAAAAAAUUAUGCAUGGAUUUCCAUAGUUACGAUUGAUUUGUUAACUCUUUGUAAGACAGGGCCCAGUUUAACUAGAGCACAUCAAUUUAUACUCCUUGUUGUGAGAAGCAGGGUAGCCAAAAGUUUAAAUUUGCAAUUAAUUUCAAGACAUGUAAUUGAUUUUUGGACCCGAAAUAAUCUUACAAUUGAUUGCAAGUUGGUUACAAUGCCCCGUUUAAACACCAAACUCUGUAUAUAGCACAUAACAUCAUAGAUGACUACACAGUUGAGUGCUCCUAGCAUAAUCUGACCAACGCAGUGAUGAGUUAUACAUGUAUACCGCACGCAAUUGGGAAUUAAGUCAGAUUUUUAGCUCUACCUAAUUUGGUGUGAAACAUCCCCAGGUGCAAAAACAAGUCUGCAUGGUUCAAAGACAUAAGGCAGUUUCACACCCACCCAAUGAAAGUUCUAGUUUUCCAAUCGUAGAUUUCCUGAUUAUAGGAUACCAGGUAUUUCGCCAGAAAGAAAGCAUAAUAAUUUUAAUAUCAACAAAAGAUAAUGCCUGUAAAUUAACAGGUCUUUUUCAUGAGAAUUUGAAGAAGAAAAUAGGGAUUUCUGAAAGUUUAAGAUUUUUUUUCCAUUAUGGCCUUAUUCAUGCAUUCAUCUUGCAUAUCAAUUUUAUUUUCAAACAAUUUGGUGGAGGAACACUCUGAUUUAAACACUUUAGUUUAAAAGUUAUGCCAUCUCGAUUUAGGGAGAACCUUUUGUGGUAUGUUUGGUUUAGAUCGGUGUGAAUGUAAAAAUGAUUAUCAUAUAAUUUGAGGCCAGAACAAUUUCUCGUAGUUUGUGUGUAUGUUUGUGACUUUAUGGGUAUGGGAACGCCAGAAGUAAUCUUGCCAAAUUUGAAAUUACUUCAGGGAUUACAAUAUUAAAAAUUAUGAAAUUAAAAAGGGCUAUAAACCUAGUACAAAAGUACAUGAAUCAAACUUACAUAGUAAGCCAGCUAUUGCACAUUACUUCCUUCUAACAUGAUUUUCAAGUUGACUAUUGAGUUGACUAUGUGGUAAAGAUAUUUAUAUUAGAGUCAUCAGCUAUAUUUUGUAUUGUAACAUUCCAUCAUUAGAUUAAGUAUGUAGGUGUAUAUAUAUUAGAGAUUAUGUUGUACUAUUUUCCUGAUAUUUGUAUAUGAUAAUUAUGUUGAGAGAUAUAUGGAUAUCAAUAUGCAUAACAUAUUUUAAUAAGUCUGAAAAACAUAUCUAGAGGAAACUAACAUUUUUAUAUUAUUGUAAUUGUAACUAAUGAGCUGUUUCAAUAUUGUAUUCUAAUUUAUGCUUAUUCCUUCUCUUGCUAAACUCACACAAAAUACAUGUGUAGUUUUAGCCUAUACUGAUGUCUAAUUUUUUUUCCUCAGAAAAUGAUAAAGUUUCAUUUCCUUUUUCUUUUCAAUUUUUUUCUUGGAAAACUAUAGCUUGUAUGAUUUUAAUGUCUAUUGUCAGGUGUUUAUGUAUCAUUUUCGUAUGUUUUUUUUUCUUUUUGACUGCCAGAGGAAUGAAGAAGAUGGGGGCAGUAUUCAAAUUGGUUCAAGCUAGGACCUAGUUUAUACUAAACAAGAGUAAAAGCUUCUAAAGUUUAUGCUUCUAUGAAAUGCUAGCUUUUUUUUUCUGCAUUCAUGGCAAAGAUGGCUUACCAUAGACCACAUUAAAAACUUGGCUCAAUACUUAUUAGAUUUUUUUUUCACAAAGUUCAUCUGAUUGCAGUAAUAAAUAAUUAAGGUAUUUAGCUGGAGCUAUUCACAGUAGAUGUGGCGUAAAACCAGAAGUUAAAAAGGCACGUGUUAUAUUUAUGGAACCCAUAGGCCAUAGUACUAUAAAAUUGUAGAUUAUAUAAAUUGCAUAAGUCAUGUAUGUUUAAUCUCUAGAUUUUAUUUUUUUGUUAAAAAGAGUAAUAAUUAUUGUUUAUUAAUAUGAAUGUAAGUGUGAGCAUACUAUUAUUGUAGAUUAAAUAAGUUGCAGAAAUCAUAUAUGUUAAUAAUCUCUUUGAUAAGGUCUAGAUUUUGUUUUUUUAUUAAAAAAGUAAUAAUGAAUUUUUAUUAAUAUGACUGUAAGUUUGAGCAUACUUCCAAAUCGCAUUAAUGAUUGUAAUGGAAUAGAUUUAAAAAAUGAAUAAACAAAUUUAUGAAUAAACAUAUAAAUGUAUGAUUAUUUAAACAGUGAAUCAAUAAAUGAUUUGAUAAAAAAGACUUGCCCAAUCAAGUUAUCAAGUGAUUCUUAAAUGAGCAAGAAUUCUUUUGAGUAAUACAAGACCAAUUCAUUGAACUUUAAUUUUAUUGCCAAUAACAUUUUUGUUUUACCCUGAAAUAGUAUGAAAGUUUUAUGCACAUGAAUAAUGCACAUUUCUCUGUUAUAUUUUUGCAUUGAUCUUUUAUCACGGUUUUGUUGCUACCAUGUUUUUUUUAUGGAAUAAAACAAAAUCAGUACAUCAAAGUGUUUGUAUUUUCUA